GGCUGCUCCGACGACGAGGCGAGCCGCGAGCGAGAGCCAGAGCAGCGCAGCGACAGCCAGCCAGAGCGAGCGAACGCAGCAGCGCAGCCGGGGCGAGCGAGUGCGCGGGGUGCGCGGCUGCGAGGGCCGCAUGCCGGGGCCGUCGCCGGGCGCGCGGCCCGCGGCCCCGGGGGCCGGGCAGCGCGCGGCCUCGCCGUCGGCGCGCCCGUGAGCCAGCAGCAGCGGCGCGCGAGAGCGCUCAGCGAGCGGACAUGGCCUCGGUGGCGGCCUGGCUGCCGUUCGCGCGGGCCGCGGCCAUCGGCUGGGUGCCCAUCGCCACGCACCCGCUGCCCCCGCCGCCCAUCCCCAAGGGCCGGCGCAAGGCCGACGACGAGAAGCUGUUGAUCAACGUGUCGGGGCGGCGCUUCGAGACCUGGCGCAACACCCUGGAGAAGUACCCGGACACGCUGCUCGGCAGCAACGAGCGCGAGUUCUUCUACGACGAGGAGUCGCGCGAGUACUUCUUCGACCGCGACCCCGACAUCUUCCGGCACAUCCUCAACUACUACCGCACGGGCAAGCUGCACUACCCGAAGCACGAGUGCCUGACCUCGUACGACGAGGAGCUGAGCUUCUUCGGCAUCCUGCCGGACGUCAUCGGCGACUGCUGCUACGAGGACUACCGCGACCGCAAGCGCGAGAACGCCGAGCGGCUGAUGGACGACAAGCUCAGCGAGAACGGCGAGCAGGCGCUGCAGCAGCUGACGGACCUGCGCGAGAAGAUGUGGCGGGCCUUCCAGAACCCGCACAUCUCCACGGCGGCGCUGGUCUUCUACUACGUCACGGGCUUCUUCAUCGCCGUGUCGGUGCUGGCCAACGUGGUGGAGACGGUGCCGUGCGGCAACCGGCCGGGCCGCGCGGGCACCCUCAGCUGCGGCGAGCGCUACAAGAUCGUCUUCUUCUGCCUGGACACCGCCUGCGUGAUGAUCUUCACCGCGGAGUACCUGCUGCGGCUGUUCGCCGCGCCGUCGCGCUGCAAGUUCGCGCGCUCGGUUAUGUCGGUGAUCGACGUCGUGGCGAUCAUGCCGUACUACAUCGGCCUCGGCAUCACCGACAACGACGACGUCAGCGGGGCCUUCGUCACGCUGCGCGUAUUCCGCGUCUUCCGCAUCUUCAAGUUCUCGCGGCACUCGCAGGGCCUGCGCAUCCUCGGCUACACCCUCAAGUCGUGCGCCUCCGAGCUCGGCUUCCUCGUCUUCUCGCUCGCCAUGGCCAUCAUCAUCUUCGCCACCGUCAUGUUCUACGCCGAGAAGAACGUCGACGGCACCAAUUUCACUUCCAUCCCCGCCGCCUUCUGGUACACCAUUGUCACCAUGACCACGCUCGGCUACGGCGACAUGGUGCCGGAGACGAUAGCCGGCAAGAUCGUCGGCGGAGUCUGCUCGCUGAGCGGCGUGUUGGUGAUCGCCCUACCCGUGCCCGUCAUCGUCAGUAACUUCAGCCGCAUCUACCAUCAGAACCAGCGAGCCGACAAGAGGAAAGCGCAGAGGAAAGCGAGACUGGCGCGCAUCCGGAUCGCCAAGGCGUCGAGCGGCGCGGCGUUCGUGAGCAAGAAGAAGGCCGCGGAGGCGCGACUGGCCGCCCAGGAGAGCGGCCUGGAGCUGGACGAGUCGUACAGGCAGGAGGACAUAUUCGAGCUGCAGCACCACCACCUGCUGCGCUGCCUGGAGAAAACCACGGACCGCGAGUUCGUGGAGAUGGAGGUGCCGUUCAACGGCGCGCCCAAGAGGCCGGGCUCGCCCUCGCCGCUGACCUCGCCGGCGCACAGCACCGCCUCCCGCGGCGGCCUGCUGGCCCAGUGCUGCGGCCGCUGCUAUCCGCAACGCUACCAGAGCCUCGCUUGCCUCACCGAGCUGAGCGCCAGCCAGCUCCAGACCAGCCAGGACCGAAUGGUGCUCGUUUACGACGACCGCAUCCGAGUGAGGACCAAGGAUCUAAAGAAGCGCGGCUCCCACGGCUGCGACAUGCAGGCACUGCGACCGCUGUCGGUGCCGUCGCCGACGCCGACGCAGCAGCAGCAGCAGCAGCAGCAGCAGCUACAGAGCGGUCACUCGGCCACGACCAACAUCGGCAGCCCGGCGACCAGCGGCGGCCACCAGCAGCAGGCCCCGCUGGCCGAGAGCGCCUAGCCGGACCUCCAGCCCGCACUCUCACUUUUCUCUCUAGCACUAGCGCAGCAGCCGCCGUCGACGCCGCCGCCGCCGCCGCCGCCCGCUCUCGGCUCGACGAGCCCGCAACAGCGAUGCCGGUCGACCCAGUUGGGCCCGAGGCUGAGAGCGCUCGUGCGUCGUCGAGGAGCCGGAGCUACUUCGGACCCGCCGCCGCCGCCGCUGCCGCCGCCGCCGCCGCCGCCGCUGCUACCACUGGUCUCUAGAUAGCUCGUUAGUUAGAUAGAUAGAUAAUCAAUGUCGAUUCGAAUUGCUGUCGAUCAGAUCUUCACACACCGUGACACUCGUCAUACCCAUUCGCAGGCGCGCCUACAUCCACGCAAGACAAGGGCAGGGAAGAUAGGGAAGGGACGGAAGGCAGCUCGAACUGCAGAUCUCUGGUUUUCUUUUCUAGCCGAGACCGCCGGCUUCGGGCCGUGCUCUCCCGGGAGAGCGCGGAAGGAGGGAACGGAGGGAACGGAGUCGACGGUGUCCCGCGCGGCAAGCGACCAAACGCCAAGGCCGCCGCCAGUCGGACCAACUCGGUCUUGGACUUUUGGAAAUUGCCUUCUGUGAGCACGCGCGGUCGGAUAGCCGAUAGGUAGGCGAAGCGCAGAGGCGGUGGUCGUGUGCGUCGCGCGUGGGUUGUCGUCGAGCAGCGGCCUUGGACGAGCGCCAAGCUCCUCGACCGCUUGGCGCAGCGACACGCUCGGCCGUCGACUGCCGCGAUCCACCGUUCGAUCCGACGCGCCGGGCGCGCGGCGAAGGAAGAGACGACAGGAAACGAAGCGCAGAGGAGAGGAGAGAAGGCAAGGACAACUCGGGCUCUCGUUCGCGCGCGUGCGUGCGUGCGCGAAAGAGAGCAAGCGUGAAAGUACCUAUGUAAUUAUUAAGUAAGCAGAUGCCCUCGUUCUUUCAAACUUCGCGCUUGCGCGGCUCGUAUAUACCACUUAAGUGUGUCAAGAGUGCGCGGCGUCCGCGUUACGUAGCCCUCGCGUCGCUCGCUCGUCCGACUGCACACCUCGGCGAGUUUCGUCGACGAUCGCGUGCCCGGACGACGACUCGGCACACCGCGCACGCGCGUGCGGAUAGCUGCAAGCCCGCGUGCGAGCGGCGCCCGUUGUACUACGAGACAAAUGAAUAUUGUACAUAAAGUACAUAUAUAUACAUAUAUACACGUAUACGUGUAUGAAUAUAUAUAUGUAUAUGCAUACACACACGGAUACACGCAGUCCAAGUUUAGUCCGCGUGACGCGACGCCGCUGCCGUACUCGCGUUGCCUCUUUGCUACGAUCGCCUCGUCUACGCCACUCAACGUGAUUCCACUCGACUUUCCGUAGACGAAUCGUCGAGCCGCUACCAAACACGUCGCUCGCUCGCCACCGCCGUUCGCGACUCGAACACGCCCGCGCGAACGAAGCUGCCACCUCGCGUGUGGAGAACUGCCGUUGGCACGAGCUGCGCGACAAGUCGGAACGCAAGGUGAAUUUCACGGGAACGCGGGCGAGUUUAGAUAAACGAACGGUAAGAGAUAGAGAGAGAGAGAGAGAGAGAGAGAGAGAGAGAGAGAGAAACAGAAGGGGGAAUGGGGCGGGGGAGAAAACACACAAACGGAAGAAAAACGAGAGUAGAGGUUGUUCACGAACGAGUCUGUUGUCCAUUCGAUUGAAGUUGCAAAUGACUCGGGGGUAAGCGUCAGUCAGAAUGAGAAGCAAGAAGAUCGCUCGACGAGUCGCAUAUCGCCAGUACAGCUCUGGAGUUCGACUGAAGCGCGUUUCGUAGCAUUUGUGUCGUUCGAGUGUCUCCACACGAUGCGAACGAAUAACAAAAAUGGAGCCGUCGUUCGACGAAUAAAGAAACUCAAUUCCUCUUCCACAUUCCUACAUGUAAGGCGUACGAAAAGAGAGACAAAGAAUUACUAUGUAAUAAUUACGUAUAAUGUAUCCUCGUCGAAUUUUUAACAGAGUAAUAAGCCUUAAGUGGAGCAAAGAAUUAUUUAUCGUAAGAGUCGUUCCGCGCGAAUCGGCGAUAUCCAAUUAGAAUUAAUGCAGGAAUACAACGGAAGCUGAUUUCAUUGAACCAGAACUGCAAAAGAAUAUAGUAAUCGUACACACGGGCAUUGCUUUUGUGGACGGAACCGGAAUACAAUGGGAAAGUGCAGUGCCGUCGUUGGAUGCCGAUCCAACGGCCACCAGAACGAAUCACCGACGACCAGGCAUCCGAGCGAAUUCAAAGGCAACGCAGACAAGAAGCAAAUAUUGAACCGAGUCGGGAUAAGUCGUGGGCGCGCUGACUGUAUACGUACACCGCGACUGCGAGUCGCUGCGAAUUGGAAGACUCGCCGACGAGUCGAGUCGACAGACAACACGAGUAUAGUUUAUCUCUAGGUAUCGUUUGCUUAGCAGCAAAGCAACGCGCGGUCACAAUGAACAACGCGAGUCUUUCAAAUGAACUACCGUAAAACUGCCAAUUUUCGAGAAUUAAACACGUAGACUGUGCAGCUCUGGGGAGGUAGGGGGGGGGGGGGGGAGGACCAGCGAUCAUAUGCCAUUUACGGGCGGGCGUCGAGCCGAGACCCGACCCUGUCCGAUUCUCCGGGCUCUCGCACGUUUUCUUCGCACGCGCCCACUGCCUAUCUCGUUCCUUCUCGUCCUGGACUUACCUUCGCGACUAGGCUAGACUGAAAGAAGUUCCAUUGCUUUUGCAAGCCAGUUUCCAUUGCAGACCAAAAGCCACUCUUUCGUUUACCGAUUCGCCCGGCUGUCCGUUCUUGGCAAAGUCUCGCUGUACUCGUUAUUACCUGCCUGUCGUUACGCGCGAAUAAAUCUUCCUCCCUCGUUGGGCAUUCACUGUUACUUAUACACCCGUUGAAAGAAAGGAAACCGAAGCAGAUACUUGGUAUAUGAUUGCGAGGAUCGGUGCGCGGGUAGAGAUUGGCCGAGCAGAGCGGAAUAGCGAACGCGAAAAACAAUGAAAUCCAGAUUGUGAGAGAGAGAGAGAGAGAGAGAGAGAGAGAGUGAAAAAUAAUAAUCGUAAAAAAAGUAAAAGUAAAAACAAAUGUAUAAUUAGUGCAGAUACCUCGUCGACUUUUGCGAGUACUAUUGAAAAUAAGAACAUUACGUAAGACAAACACAAAACUGAAUGAUAUAUAAUAGAGUGUUCAUUUUUCGUGGUGGAAGAGAGAUAGAGUGAGAGAAAAAAAAAUAUAUAUAUAUAUAUACACACACACAUAGAAAUAAAUUCGCACGUGGUGCGUCGUAGCCUUAGAGCCAAAUGAUAAAUCCUCGAUGAGAGCCGAUGCAAUAAAGCGCGGAGAGGAGCGAAAACCGUGUGACAGUGCGAGAACGAAGUCGAGAGAACGGUGCAGCGCACCGAGCGCGAGGGGGCAGAGCGGCAAAUUGGCCCGCGCGCGUUUCGUUCAAGCUCGCGUGUCGAUUGACGGUCGCUUCGAUCGGCCGGCGUCAACACACUCGUAAUUUCGGACCAAUGACUCAAACACGAGAAAUCUAUAUAUAUUUUCACGGAGCGGCUGCGCACUUCGCGAGCCACUCGGGCGCGCGCAACGACUAUGAUUGUUAUCGACGUGGCAAUUUACGGCGGCCAAUCGAGGCGAUUCCAAGGGCAACCAACGGCAGACACGUCGGCGCGAACUUCCGCGAGAGAAGUAAGGUACGCGUUGGCCGGCGGGACGCGCGCGCGAUGCACCAACCGCGCAGACUUCACGGCCGGGAGCUCGCAAGCGCAGUCCGACCGGCGGAUGCGUUGGUUGAGAUUGUCUGGAUUGCGAACAAGUGAAAAUUGUAGCUCGAUCAUAUCGGCGUCCGGUUGCAUUAACAGUUAUUAGCCCGCGAGAAGUGCGGCCAGGCACGAUCCUCCGGCAUUUCGUUGGCGAAUGAAAAGAAGUUUGAGAAUGCAAAACCAGAUAAAAAGUAUAUUUAUUAUCAAAGCUUAUGUCGAAAGACAAGAUGAGUAUAUGAAUGAAGUAAU